UUUUUUUGCCUAUGAACUGCACAUAAAAAGGUUGUAAGCAAGAAAAUAUAUUUGGUAAAACAUAUAAUUUUUUAAGUUUUUCUCAUCAGCUUUCAAUGUCAAUCACCAUCUUCACAACCACAUUUUUCUCCUUUGAUUCCGUACAAAGGCAACUCCAUUAGCCCAGAGCUGUUUUUCUAUAUCUGUUUUCUUUUUUUUUUUCUCUUCCUUUUCCUUGGAAAAUCCCGGAGAAAAUAGUUGGGGAAAUUAGGGAGGUUGAAGAGCAAAAUAGAAAAGGAGUUUUGAAAUUUUAUCUGCAGCAAAAGUGGAGCUUGGCGAUUUGUUUGAUCCGAUAUCUAUCUGCAUUGUGGAUAUACACAGGUUCUUACAUUGAUUAUGCGGAUUUUUUAGGGUUUUGAAUCAGGAUUUGUGGGGUUUGGAAUUGAAAUGCGAGGAACAACUCUUUUUUCUUGACUUUUAUUGAAAAUCAAAUUCGUCUGGCCGUAGCAAAAUUUUAUAUUUUGGAUGGAUUGCACUAUUGUACUUGAUUCUCAUUUAACUUGCAGCUGAGGGUUUAUAUUUCUUAUCACCUUUCCAAUUGCUUUGCAGGUCGUCAUCUAAUUCUUGAAAUGCUGUGCAGUUUUGUUUAAAGUGUAUCUAGAUCUGCUUGCAUGCAUUACAGAUUUUAUUAUGACAUUUAGUGGCUCCUAUAGUUGCCUGCCUCUAUGGAAUGAUUCCUCCACAAAGCGCUGAGUAUGUAACCCAUAAAAAUAACUGGAGAACUGGAAAGCUAUGCAGUGUAUUUUAUCUUAUCUUAACAAAGUUGGGCAUUCAAAUGAUACGAAUCUGGCUGGCUUAUCUUUGGCUUUUGUAGUUUGAAAUCAUUGUGGUGUGUGGUUGUGUUUGCUAAUUAUUUUAAUCUGUUCUCUAAAUUAUUCGGCUUAUCCCUCUUCAGAUCUUAGUUUUUUGUGUUCCUCCUAGAGAUUAUAGGCUACCUUGUGCAUUGCUCCCUGCUUUGGUUGGACUAAUUAUUUAUUAUUACCUUUCAAAUUUAUUUUCAUCUCAUAAUUAUUUUUAUAAAUGAGCUUUAUUUGAAUAAUGAAAUUUCAGUUCUGUAUGGAUUGUUGAACUUUACAGGCACUUGUCAAAUUUGUAAUGGAUCCACAGUCAGAUACUCAUGUGAGCGAAAAUGGGGAGUUGGGUGGUUUAAGUGAAGUUCGCAACGGCAGCGUUUCUGGCAGGAUAGAAGCUUUUAAUUGUCUUGCUGGAGGGAAUAAUAACUCUGAUGUCCUCCAGCCAAAGCGUGGUCAUUGUGGAGAUGUCCCUGCUUCUAAGAUUACUGAGCUAAUGAAACUGGGUAAUUUGGAGAAUGCCUCUACACAUUCACUUUUUGGCGUGGUCAAUAAAGUUCUGAAUGAAAGUAUUGAGAGAAAUGGGGACAUAACUCUGCGUGUCGCAUCUGUGCUGAAAUUGGUCGUGCAAGAAAUUGAGCAGCGGGUUUCAAAACAUGCAGACAAUAUGAAGAAGCAAAGCAACCUGUACAAGUCGCGUGAAGACAGGUAUCAUACAAAGAUCAGAGCAUUAGAAACUCUUGCAACUGGAACUAGUGAAGAAAAUGAGGUUGUCAUGAACCAGCUUCAACAGAUGAAGGCUGAGAAGACUAAAAUUGAGGAGGAGAAGAAGCUUGAGCAGCAGAAUUUAAUUAAAAUGAGGAAAGAAAAGGACAGCUGUGUGAGUCAAAUUUUGUCGCUUAAUGAAGAGCUCGCGUUAGCCAAAAAGUCGUUUGAGAAGGAUCUUCUUCAGUUGGAAGCUAAGGCUGAGGAUACAAAAGAAAAACUACAAAAGAAAAUACUGGAACUUGAGUGCCUUCUGGCUAAUUCAAAUAAGAAGGUUAAAGAGCUCGAGGAAUUUUCAGAAUCCAAAUUUUUGCGAUGGAAAAGAAAAGAACAGGGUUACAGGCACUUCAUUGAUUCUCAAUCUGGAUCCAUACGGGAACUAAGAUCAGCAUCUCAGUCCAUAAAGCAAGAGGUCUCAAAGAUCAAGGAUUUCUAUGCUGAAGAGUUUUAUCGUUUUGGUCUGAAUAUCAAAGGCUUGAUCGACGCUGCACAAAAUUAUCAUAGCGUGCUUGAAGAAAACCGGAAAUUAUAUAAUGAGGUCCAAGAUUUGAAAGGACAAAAUGGAAAACAAACAACCAUGCAGUAUAUCGGUGAGAAUGGAGAAUUGGUUGUUAUGAACCCCUCAAAACCAGGAAAAGAUAGUCACCGUCUUUUCAAAUUCAACAAGGUCUUUAGUCCUUCAGCCACCCAAGAGGAUGUUUUCCGAGACACUCAACCAUUAAUCAGGUCCGUCCUUGACGGGUAUAAUGUCUGCAUAUUUGCUUAUGGUCAAACUGGUUCAGGGAAAACUUACACAAUGACUGGACCGGAUGUGUCAUCAGUCGUUGACUGGGGAGUCAACUAUAGAGCACUGAACGACCUCUUCAACAUCUCCCAGACAAGACAUAGCUCCAUUGAGUAUGAGAUUUGUGUCCAAAUGUGGGUACUUCUCAUUGUUUUCUUUGACUUGCACACACUUGGGAUCUGGAGUAUUUCCCAACCAAAUGGGUUAGCUGUGCCUGAUGCUAGCUUGCACCCUGUUAAAUCAACAACUGAUGUAUUAGAGCUGAUGAAUGUUGGAUUAAUGAAUCGGGCUGUAGGUGCCACUGCUCUGAAUGAAAGAAGUAGUCGAUCCCACAGUAUCCUUACUGUUCACGUCCGCGGCUUGGAUUUGGAGACAAAUUCUGUUUUACGCGGCUGUCUUCAUUUAGUUGAUCUGGCUGGGAGUGAAAGAGUCGACCGAUCUGAAGCAACAGGCGAUAGAUUGCGUGAAGCACAGCAUAUAAACAAAUCUCUGUCGGCUUUGGGUGAUGUGAUUUUUGCGCUGGCUCAGAAAAGUGCCCACGUGCCGUACAGAAAUAGUAAAUUGACUCAAGUUCUUCAGAGCUCUUUAGGUGGCCAAGCAAAGACUCUCAUGUUUGUACAGCUCAAUCCAGAUGUAGAGUCAUUCUCAGAGACUAUAAGUACCUUGAAGUUUGCAGAGAGAGUUUCUGGUGUUGAGUUGGGUGCCGCCCGAAGUAACAAGGAGGGUAGGGGUGUCAGGGAGCUCAUGGAACAGGUAGCUUCCCUAAAAGACACUGUUGCCAAGAAGGAUGAAGAGAUUGACCGAUUACGGUCCCACAAAACUAACGGAAGCACCGAACGACUCUCUUCUCUGAGCUCAGCAGUGUAUGGAUCAUCUGCCUCCCCAAGAAGGCAUUCCAUAGGCGGGGCCCGGCCUACCCAGAGGCCAUCAGCCGCGAAAGAUGCUUCCGGAAGAGUCCCCUCCGAUUUGGACAACAGCUCUGAGUAUAGCGACAAGCACUCUGAGGCCGGGUCCCAGCAGUCGAUGGAUGAUUUUAGGCACCACAAGGAUUUCUUCCGACAGUCGAGACUUGCUGCUGUGGGUGGCGAGAAGCUUCCCGAGGACAAUGGUUUGAAGUUGGAAGUUGCGGGGCAAAAUGGUCCGGAUGAGGAUGUUGAGCUUUUGGGGCUUGGAGAUGGUGAUUCGGAUGAGAGGCUGAGUGAUAUUUCAGAUGGAGUUCUUUCUAUGGGGACGGAGACUGACGGCUCUAUUAACAGUAUUGUCGAGUAUACGCUUUUCCCGGAGACUGCCAAGCCACCUCCUGAGCCUGAUGUGCCAGCUAAAAUUCCAAGGCCGCCAAAGCAGGGUCAAGCGUCAUCUUCUCGGCCGUCUAUGAGCAAAAGCACCUCUAAAAUUCCAAAUUCGAAAAAGGCCACAGCUAGCAGCAGUUAUUCUGCAAUUAAACCGUCCAAAAGGUGGCAGUAAUUUAAACAGGCACAGACAUUUUGAAGGACGUUGUUCGUAAAUUAGAUCAUCAACGGGCACGAUGCGCUGGCUUGCCCUUCUAGGUAUUAGAAUUCGUUCUAGUAAGAAUUAGGGGUUUGCUAGAAAAUCCUUAUUUCGUGUUGUAAAAAUUUUAGAUUAGACUUUGGUGGAAUAUACCCCCAGCCUAUGAAUGAAAUAUUGAAAGAUAUGCAGAUGGUGUUCAUACAAGUGAUGUGCUAUUUACUCGUAGCCACAAAAAUGUACUAAGCCUGCAAUAUUUGAGUUUCCCCUGCUACUGUGCUCUAAUGUUCUAAGUGCAAUGCGUUUGUUUUGUUAAGAAGCCCUUUAGUAGGUGUGUGGGUUUUGAUAUGCUAGAAGUUAUGUUUGUCAUACAUCGAGUUUUGCUCUUCGCACCUACCCUUUUGCCAAGUUUUGAUAUGGCCUAAGUUUGAGGGAG